GUUUUCCUUUCUUCUCUCACCACCAAGGGGACACUAAUACAGUGUCCGACACACAAUCCAUUCUUCCCUUCUCGACUUCUGUCACCCCCCCUCCCCUCCCAAAAAGCGUUCAUCGCAAGAGCCCCUCGCAUCGCCUGGGACUCGCAUAGGGCAUUUCUCCCCUUUCCCCUCUCCCCCCCAGCCGGCUCCCUCUUUUCAUCAUCGAGUGGCCACCAUCAUUCCAACACGAAAAAGUUUGUCUCUCAACACACCUUGUUGAAGACAAACCCCCCCUCAUUUGCCGUCCGUCAUUGUUACCUCGCCCAAAGGUAACACGUCCCGGUAUCUCUCUGGUCGACUGGUAUUCUUGCCAGACAAUCAGCACACGUCGCCAGCAGCCGUUGGCGAUAUAACAACUCAAGCCUAAUCCUCCGCCCUCUACGCCUGUUUCCAUUCCACCACACCGUCUCACAAGACACACACGCAAAUGAGCAAGGCCUCUACUCCACCAAACCAGCCAGCCAGCUCAGCAACUACCCCCAACACCUCUGCCUGGUCCCGUGGCCCUCCUGCUGCGGCGUCCAACCAGUCUUCAGCUGUGCCCUCGGCCGUUUCGACUCCGCCCAACGGAGCGACUACCAAUGACCAGUUGACCGGCUCCACCCCUGUGUCCAUCGGGGGCAACCCAAAGUGGGGCAACUUGAUGGUCGGCGGCAACGGUGAUUUCCAGCCUCGAGGAAAUCUUGCCUUCGGCACGGUCGACUCGCCCAACCCGCUGCUCUCCUCAUCGCCUGCAGCGCCUGCGGCCACUGGGAGCCACUUGGCUGAUGCGGUCAAGUCGUUCGGCUCCAUUGACGCAGAGACGACGGCGACCGGUGCUGCCAUGAUCCGCCCUCCUCGGCGCACCAGUGGCGGCGCGGCCUCGAGCGUGCCCUCUGGCCUUCCUCAAAAGAAGCUGGAUGUGCACUCGCUCUUUGCCGGCAAGCCCCACCCUCAGCCCUCGGCCGCCUCGGGCUCGGCGUCGCCUUCGCAGCUCCCGCAGGCCGGCUCUCCGAUUCAAGAUCGUCGCCAGUCCAUUCCCCACGGCUCGUUCCCUGGUGCCAACGGUCUUCCAGGUGCUGCUCCUCACCAGUACCAGCCCAUGGCUGGACUGCCUGGCCAGGCUCACCUUCGUCCCCCGCAGGGCAUCCCCGGUCAGCCUCGUUCGCCAGUGAUGGGUGCCGCCCAGCCCCAAUUCCCUGGUCAAGUGCCUCCACAGCAGGGUUACCGUGUCCCUCAGCCUCAGAUGCAGGGUAGCCAGCAGCCUGUUCGUCCAGCCGGUGUGAAUGGGCCCAUGGGUGUGGCUCGCCCUCUUAUGGGCCAGCAGGCUCCGUAUGGCAUCCCGCAUGGCCAAGCACAGGGCUACCCCAUCAUGUACCCAGGCCAGGGUGGAUACUUCUACCACCACUACGAACAGCCGCCGUACGGAAUGGCGCAGCAGUGGCCCCCUCAGCAGCAGCAGCACCCCUCCAACAUUCCCCUCUCUCCCCGGGCUGCGCAGGCUCAGCUUGGUGGCUCGCCUGCUCCUCCUAAUGCUAACCUGCCUGGCAGUGCUGGUGGUAGCACGAUGCCGACCCCUCCCAGCCGGCCUCAAAGCCUCGUGGGUGGUCACCAGUCGACCCCCUCCAACACGUCCGUCUCUCCCCUCCCGAGCACGCCUUCGCGCCCUCUGCAGCCCGGUACUCCCUUCACUCCGCAGGUGACCCCUGGAUCCCAAGGUCCUCAGACGCCUUCGCUCUCUGCUGGCGCCAUGUCAUUCACGCCGCGUGCCAAGUCGGCCAUCAAGUUCUCUCGCCCAGACGGAACAACGGUCGACAUUGCGGAGGCCGCUGCUGCCGCCAAGGGCCCGACUUCUUCGGCGACCAGCGGUGCCGCCACACCGGAGACCACUGUCGAGGAACCGCCCAAGAAGAAGCUGCCCGCCCUUCCUGUCAUCGUUCGCCUCGAGUCUGAAGAGCAGAAGAAGACGCGUCUAGCCGAAGACGAGAAGCGCAAAAAGAUUCAGGAGCAGGAGGAGAAGGAGGAGCAGGAGCGCAAGGAGCGCGUCGAGCGCCGGGCCAAGGAGGAGCGUGAGCGAAAGGCAAAGGAGGAGGCCGACGCCAAGGAGCUCGAGGCUAAGGAGCUCGAGGCCAAGGAGAAGGCCAAGGAGCAGGAGGAGAAGGAGCAGAAGGCGAAGGAGGAGGAGCUCAAGGCUAAGACCCAAGCACCUGUUGACGAGCCCAAGGCCGCCGAGCCCAAGGCUGAGGAGCCGAUCAGCUCUGAAGCCCAAAAGGAGCCUGAAGCGGCCUCGAAGGUUGUGGAGAAGCAGGCGGAAACGCCUACUGGUUCCGAGCCUGCCGAGGAGCCUCGUCGUGCCCUUCUCACGCCGACGACUCAGUCUGCGGUCGCCUCUCCUUUGUCGUCGCCAGCUUUGGCUGCUGCUGGCCUUCCAGCCAAGCCCCUGGGUGCGAUCAACGGUGGUCGCCGUUCGACCCCCUCGACUCUGGAUCUCAAGGGCUCCCCUGGCCCGUCCGCUACUGCUGGAGCUAUCGCCACUCCCUCCACGCCCUCUGCUCUCGGUACUGCCAAGCCUAUUGAGGACCUUGCCUCUGUCGAGUACCCCGAGUCUGUGAAGCCGCAGAAUGCCAACCUCAAUGCGACCAGCGAGCCCGGCAAGUUCCGUUACGACCGCGACUUCCUGAUGCAGUUCAUGGAGGUCUGCAAGGAGCGCCCAGAGUCACUGCCGCCUCUGGAGGAAAUCGGCCUCGAGGCUGACUCCUCGAACGGCUUUGGUCGUCGCCAGGGCAGCCGCUCUUCCCUACCCCCCGCCAACCGUGGUGCGAUGGGUGGCAUUGGUGGCAGCAACAUUGGCGGACGUGGGUUCGCGAACGCCAUGGGCUCCUUCGGGUUCGCGUCUGGUUCGUCCAUUCGCAACACGAGCAACACCACGAGCGAAGAGCGCUACAAGCUCUCGCUCAUGCACCCCGGUGCUGGUGGCCGUUCGAUGACCAGGACUGCCAGCCAGGGUGGUGGCUUGCCCCACAUGGCCCCGUCCAACUCGAGGGCAGGCUCUAAGCGUGAGCGUGUCAAGCGUCCCGCCCCGGUUGUCAACGACCCCGAUGUCGCACCGCUUGCCGUUACUGCCAACGCCUGGGUGAACGCUCGCUCCGCUGGCAAUGACGAGUCGUCGCCUGUCUACAUUGAGCGCAAGGUCAAGGCCUUGCUCAACAAGCUCACGGAGGAGAAGUUCGACUCGAUCUCUACUCAGAUCCUCGAGUGGGCCAACAAGUCCAGCCAGGAGACUGACGGCAUGACCCUGAAGCUUGUCAUCAAGCUUGUCUUCGAGAAGUCGACGGACGAGGCCCACUGGUCGGCCAUGUACGCCAAGCUCUGCCGUUUGCUUCUGGAUCGCCUGGACCCCAACGUCUCCGAAGUCAUCGAAGGCAGGCAAGUGUCUGGUGGUAGCCUGUUCCGCAAGUACCUCCUGGGUCGUUGCCAGGCCGACUUCGAGGCUGGCUGGAGGGCACGCGAGGACGCUGCGCGAUUGGCAGCUUCCAAGAGCGAGGAGGACAAGGCCAAGGCGGCGGAGGCGGCGGAGGUCAAGGACGGCGGCGAGGCUCCCAUGAUGAGCGAUGAGUACUAUGCUGCUCAGAAGGCCAAGCGUCGCGGUCUCGGUCUUGUGCAGCUCAUCGGUGAGCUCUACAAGCUUGAAAUGCUCUCCAAGAACGUUAUCAGAGAGUGCCUUGUCCGCUUGCUCGGCAACGUUGAGAACCCCGACGAGGAAGACCUCGAGUCUACUUGCAAGCUUCUUACCACCGUCGGCAAGCAAUUCGAUGCCGCGUCGACCAAGUCCAUGGACUUAGUGUUCGACCGUUUGGAGAUUCUCCUCAACAACGACGUCGUGUCAUCGCGUAUCCGCUUCAUGAUCAUGGAUGUUGUCGAACUCCGCAAGCACAAGUGGCAGUCCAGAAAGGAGGUGGUUCCUACUACCAUUGCUCAGAUUCACCAGCAGGCUGCUCGGGAGAAUGCCGAGAAGGCUCAGGCUGCUCGGGAAUCCAUCUCUCGAGGCGGCUCGCGUGCUGGUCACUCCCGACGGGAAGCUCCUCAGCAGCCCGGAGAAUGGCAGUCUGUUGGUGGUGCUGGCGGCGCCCGCCCACCACCCCAGCGCCCUACGGACUUCUCCCAGAUCGGCCGUGGCGUCAGCUCUGCCGGGCUCCCCAGUGCCCCGACUUUCGGUCCCUCGGGCGUCUUUGCCCGCAACAAGAAGGGCGGUACUGCUGGCAGCACCCCUCCCUUGUCCCGUCACUCGUCUACCACCAACAUGUUCGGCGUCCUCAACGAGUCUACCGACAGCGCCGCGCCAAGUGGUGCCGACGCCGCGGAUGCUCCUCAGCGUAGGAAGCUCAACCUUGCUCCUCGCACGAAGCCCCUUCCCGGCGCGGACGACGAUGGUGACGACGAUGGUGAACAGGCGAGCGACGACGGUGAGGAGGCUGAGGGUGAUGCCUCUACUCCUUCCAUGACCGAGGAGGCGGCCAAGCAGAAGAUUGGCGUCGACCUCAAGGAGCUUUGGGGUGAAAAGGACGCUGGUGGCUCUCGCGACCCCGACGACAUUGUCGAGUACUACCGUGCUCUCCCCUCCGAGUUCCGAUACUUGUUGUCGGAGAAGCUUUCCGAGGACGUCUUCCGCAUUGCCAAGAUCCGCGAUGCUGAUGUUGUGGCCAGGGGAUGGACCGCUGCUCUCAAGAGCGAAGCGGCGACCGCCGAGGACCUCAAGAAGGGUGUUGAGGCGCGCAUGCCAACGCUUGACGACGAUUCGAUCGACUUCCCUCAGGCAUUCAAGGCUAUUGCCAUCCUCAUGCGCAGUCUCUCCCUUGGGCAGGACGAGAUCGACGCCUUGGUGGAUAAGAUUGACGUCUAUGGCGAGCCUCGAAUCACGCCUAAGAUGAAGCUCGAGCGGGCAUUCACUGCGCUCGAUGAGGAAGCUGCUGCGGCUUAAGCUCCGACUUGAAUCCUCCAUUCAUUGCAUACCGGACGCUUCUGUCACAACCUUCCGCAAUACCCAUCGCUUAGCAUAUAUUCACUCGCAUGGCUGCAUGGACGGCAACGCAUCUAGUUCCUCAUAUGGCAUUCGACAACGUGCUCUACCUCAUCAUCCCCUCCACUUAAUGGGUGGCUCUAUUCCAGCCUCAACCGCAUCAUCCCCUCCCCAUACCAUCCAUCCCCUCAACCACUUCCCCUCCCCACCAUGUCUCGACCCGAUUUUGUGAAUGUGUGGAUCCGACUCGGCCAGCUUGUACGUAUUGCUAAUAGCUGCCCUCUGAAAUCUCCAGUGCCUUUGGGCAAGGUGCACUUGGUGAUGAUCUGGGCCAGCCUAGUUAGAAUAGCUGCAUGCAUAGAGCCAUAAGAUUGC